GAACGUGGGGUGAUCCGCCAGGCCCCCCGUCUCUGUGGACAACGGGACAUCGGCCUGGGGGAAACCCAUGGAAACCAGCUCCACCUGGGAGGAGCUGAGAGACAGAGGGGACAGAGACAGAGGGGACAACUCUGCGACAGGAGGCUGGGAAGGACCUGGAGCACAGAACCACCACAAACCUGGUCCCAAGCCCAUGCAGCAGGAGAGUAGUACCUGGUGUGGGGAGGAGGUGUCGUGCCAGGCCAGUUGGGAACCGGAGGAGGAGCUGGAGAUCGGGAUGUGGAGCAACACCCCAAGUCACCGAGACCGGGACAGAGACGGUCACAGAGAGAACCACAGAGACCGGGACAGAGACGGUCACAGAGAGAACCACAGAGACGGCCACGGUCAGGACAACAGGAACAACGGGCCACAGCAACACAGCUGGAACUACAUGAAGAAAAUCCCUCCCAAGAUCAACAAAUCGGUGAACAAGCAGGAGGAUGCCUGGAUGAACCAGUUCGUCAAACAGUUCAACAACAUGAGCUACCCUAGAGACUCUCCUGAAGACUUGUCGAAGAGCAAUAAGAUGGAAGGAGGAGGGAUGAUGUCUGACAAGCGUAUGGAUGUGAACAUGGGAGAGUACAGUGGAGUGAUGGGGAAAAACUCAGCUUCCAGGCACCAGACCCACAAAGAGCCUUCCAUGGAGAGAAGCCCUUACUACGACAAGCUCUCCCUGCCGCUUUCUGCUUAUGAUCGCUCCGCCUCGGAGGAGCUCUCCUCCAAUCACGGCAUGAGCUUUUCCCCCUCCCACUCUGCUCAGCCUAUCCCCUCUCUCUGCUCAGGGCAGGCUCCCACCCACUCUGUCUCUGAGGCUGGUAGGCAGAAUGUAAACUCCAUGUACGGCAGCAGUGCAGUACCAUCUCAUAACGCUCCCCUCAACUCAGCCCAGAACAAUCUCCGUAACCAAGUGCCUCCACCCGUCCUGUCCUCUCAGGUCCCUCCCUCUCUCCUGAAGUACCCUCCCAGUGCAGGAGGCCCUGAACCGUUUGGUCCACAGCAAGUAGCUGUCCUCAACCAGCUGUCUCAACUCAACCAGCUGUCUCAACUCAACCAGCUUAACCAGUUACAGCGUCUCCUCCUCCAGCAGUCUCAGCAGCAGAAUCAGAGACCGAUGUCUGUUGGACAGCAGCAGAGUCACAGACCCAUGCCUGUGGGACGCCAGCAGGACCAGCAGGGCCGUCCUAUUGGUUCGUCCCAGUCGAUGAUGCAGCCUCCGCAACACCUCGACCACUCCCUCUUGAAGCAGAACCCCGCCCACCAGCCCCUCAAGUCCUACAUGGACAACUACAUGCCCCAGAAUGCAUCUGAGCUGCAGAAGGAUCCCAACCACAUGGGCUCCUUUACCAACUUCCCUUUAGGCUUGAACUCUAACCUGAAUGUAGGCCUUGACACGGGGUCUGGCUGUAAGGAGCCUCAGUCUCGUCUGAAGAAGUGGACGGCCUUGGACGUGUCCGUAAACUCACCUCUGGAGCACAAGCCUGGUGCCAUGUCGUCUGGGCUGCGUCUGGAGGAUUCUCCCUUCGGUCCCUAUGACUUCCUGUCUGCUGGCUCCGCCCCCCUAAGCUCUCCCGGCCAAUCAAUGGGUUCGGUGGGCGACAGCUGGCCCCCUCGUGCCAAAUCCCCCCAUGGAAACACCAAUGUUACCUGGCCCCCAGAGUUCCGGCCCGGGGAGCCAUGGAAAGGUUACCCCAACAUCGACCCUGAGACUGACCCUUUCGUGACCCCUGGUAGUGUCAUCAACAACCUCUCCAUCAACACCGUCCGCCACAUAGACCACCUCAGAGACCUGACAGGACCAUCCUCAUCUCUGAACACCACGAUGCCUUCUAACAGUGCCUGGUCAUCUAGUCGUGCCUCCAGCCACAGUGGUUCACUCACCAGUACAACACAAAGCACUACGGUCAGGUCCGGAGAGUCUAAAUGGUCUCCAGGAGGGUGCAACUCAUCUCUGGCCCAUGAGCUGUGGAAGGUCCCUCUGGCUCCUAAAGGUCUUUCAGCCCCUUCCCGCCCCCCUCCCGGCCUCACCAGCCACCCUCAGAAACCCCCUCCACCCUGGGGGGAAGCUCCUCUCCGCUUGGGGGGCUGGGGGCACUCUGACUCCAGAUACACACCUGGUUGUAGUUGGAGUGACGGUAGCAGCAGCUCAGGGAGAACCAACUGGCUCGUUCUCAAGAAUCUCACAACUCAGAUGGAUGGUUCUACUCUGAGGACUCUCUGUAUGCAACAUGGUCCUCUGAUUACAUUCCACCUCAACCUGCCGCAUGGUAAUGCUGUGGUAUGUUACAGCUCCAAGGACGAGGCAGCCAAGGCACAGAAGAGUCUGCACAUGUGCGUACUAGGGAACACUACCAUUCUGGCUGAGUUUGCCAGUGAGGAGGAAAUCAACCGCUUCUUUGCACAAGGUCAGUCAUUGGCCGCUGCCUCCCCGGGCUGGCAGGCCAUUGGCUCCUCUCAGAGCCGAAUGGGCGGAGCCUUGGAGGGUUCCCACCCCUUCCCCAGCCGCGCCCCGGAGCCCAGUCAAUGGAACGGCAGGACCCUCCAUAGCUCCUCCCUUUGGGGCGGGUUGAACUAUUCCACUAGCCUAUGGGGCGCCAGCGAGGGCGGGAGGAUCAACAGCCCUUCUCCAAUCAGCUCCUUCCUCCCCGUGGAUCACCUGACAGGGGGCGGGGACUCCAUGUAAAGCCCGUGUCAGUCGAGUGUCGCACGCUGGACAGCGUGACGACAGACUGAGUCGUCUGGAAUCGUUAUUAGUCUCAAAACACAAAGAAAAAAAUGUCCAAGACCAAAAAAACAAAAUGGCUCCUUCUCACUUACAAAUAUACAAGAAGGGGGUCACCCCGUGGAAAAUACAAACAGGAAGUAGGGGGGGGGGGGGUCACCCUGUGGAAAAUACA